AUGGCUUCAGAUGACUUUUGCUUUAGAGUUCAAGACCAUGGCACUGCUCUUACAGAGAAGAAAAACCGAGUUAGGUGCAAUCAUUGUGGAAAAGAAAUCAGCGGGUUUAGUCGCCUUAAAUGCCACCUAGCAGGAUUCCGGCUUAAUGUAGCUUCUUGUUUGCAAGUUCCUCCUAAUAUUAGGGAAGCAUUCUACAAUCAAAUAACUGAAAAGAAAAGAGGGAAUCUUAGUCAGGAAGUGGGGGAGCAUUGUUCCUCUAAUAUUCCUUCAAGAAGAGAUAUGUUGCUUCUUACAGAUUCUGCUAAGUCUUGUGAUCCAGAGCUUACUCGAGCUUCCAGCAUGGGAAGCGAAAAAAGGCUGAAGAUUGGAUCAUCUUCAGGAAACCAUGGAACAGUGUCAGUUGCUCUUACCAAGGCCAGGCUUGAUUCUCAAUCAGCUGUGAGUACCCAAGUUUUCUCUGAUAGGGAAUUCCAGAAGAAGGUUGGUAGAUUCUUUUACGAAGCAGGAAUUGAGCUGGAUGCUGUUACAUGUCCUAGCUUUCGGAUGAUGCUGAAUGCCCACUUUGGUUCUGAAGAUAUAGCUUACCCAAUUCCUAGCUGUGAGGAUUUAAGUGGGUGGAUUCUUCGGGAAUUAGUGGAAGAGAUGGAGCUGUAUGUGAGAGAGAUUAAAAGCUCGUGGUCAAGCACAGGUUGCAGCAUCCUAUUGGAUGGGUGGGAAGACUUGACAGGUCGCAGACUUGUGAAUGUUCUGGUGGCCUGCCCAAAAGGCACAGUUUAUCUUCGAUCAGCAGACAUCUCUGGGUUUGAUCAGGAGAUUGGUUGCAUGUUGGGGUUCCUUGAUGAUGUUCUCAAGGAAGUUGACGUUCAAAAUGUAGUACAGAUCAUCACUUGCUCCACUUCAUCUUGGAUGAAGACUGUUGGCCAGCAGGUGAUGGAAAAAUAUAAGACGGUUUUUUGGACAGUUUGUGCAUUGCAUUGUUUAGAACUUACGUUGAAGAAAAUGGGAGCAAUUGAUGCAGUUAAAGCAACACUGGAUAAAGCAAAAUCAAUCACAAGAUUUGUGCACAGCGAUGCUACUAUUCUAAAAGUUCUCAGAGAUCACACUUCGGCCAAGUACCUGGUUAGGCCAUCCAAGUUCAAAGAAGUUGCAGCAGAUGUUUCUUUCGACUGCUUGGAAGACCUCGAGAUAUGCUUCCUCAGUGGAAGGGAAAAGAGUGGCUGA